GAAACCGGUACGUAGCUCCGUCCGCGGGCUUGCCGCAUCCCACCACCACCCUCCGGCGCCCGGCACAUGGCAUGUGAUUGCAGCCCUUGCGCCCGCUUGAACUUAAGGACUGGGGAACCUGGGGUUCUCCGGACCUCUGUGUGAAAUCUUCUUCCCCGAACCCGUCAUCCCUAUUCCGCCCUCUUGGCCCCCUUGACCCCCCCCUUUCUCUCACGUCCGUCGAUUGUCUCGCCGUUUUCUCGGCUUCCUACAUAUACAACCUCACUAUGUCUAAGGUCUUCACGACGAGCGACGUCGCGUCGCACAACAAGCCCGACAGCCUGUACAUCAUCGUGGACGGCGACGUCUACGAUGUGACCAAGUUCCAGGAUGAUCACCCGGGUGGCAAGAAGAUCCUCCAGCGCGUCGGCGGCAAGGACGCCUCCAAGCAAUUCUGGAAGUACCACAACGAGGGCAUCCUCAAGAAGUACCAGUCAAAGCUGCAGGUCGGCUCGCUCGACAGCAAGCCCAAGCCCGAGCCCAAGCCCGAGCCCGAGCCUAGCGCCCCGGCGGUGACGGCUGCGGCUAAGGAGUCGGCAAGCCACAGCGACGACAGUGAGGCCCUCGAGCCUUUUGGCCACCAGAUUCCGUUUGCCGACCCAUCAUGGUACCAGGGGUACCACUCCUCUUACUUCAACGAGACACACGCCGCGCUGCGUGCCGAGGUCAGGCAGUGGGUGGAGACCGAUAUUGAGCCCUUCGUCACUGAGUGGGACGAGGCCAAGCGCGUGCCAGAGGAGAUCUACAAGGAGAUGGGCCGCCGCGGGUACCUGGCGGGCCUGCUGGGCAUCCAGUACCCUACCGAGUACGCGGCGGGCGUCAAGUCGGUGGCCCCCGAGAAGUGGGAUCUCUUCCACGAGAUGCUGGUGACGGACGAGCUUUCGCGCACAGGCUCUGGCGGCUUCGUGUGGAACCUCAUCGGCGGCUUCGGCAUCGGCUGCCCGCCCGUCAUGAAGUUUGGCCAGCAGGCGCUCAAGGACCGCAUCAUGCCGGGCAUCCUGAGCGGCGACAAGCGCAUCUGCCUGGCCAUCACGGAGCCUGACGCUGGCAGCGACGUCGCCAACCUGACGUGCGAGGCUAAGCUGAGCGACGACGGCAAGCACUUCAUCGUCAACGGCGAGAAGAAGUGGAUCACCAACGGCAUCUGGGCCGACUACUUCACCACCGCCGUGCGUACCGGCGGGCCGGGCAUGAACGGCGUCAGCCUGCUGCUCAUCGAGCGCGGCGAGGGCGUCUCGACCCGCCGCAUGGACUGCCAGGGCGUCUGGUCCUCGGGCACCACCUACAUUACCUUCGAGGACGUCAAGGUCCCCGUCGAGAACCUGCUGGGCAAGAAGAACCAGGGCUUCCGUGUCAUCAUGACAAACUUCAACCACGAGCGCAUGGGCAUCAUCAUCCAGUGCCUGCGCUUCUCCCGCUGCUGCUACGAGGAGUCGGUCAAGUACGCCAACAAACGCCGCACCUUUGGCAAGAAGCUCAUUGAGCACCCCGUCAUCCGCAUGAAGCUCGCCCACAUGGCCCGCCAGAUCGAGGCCUCGUACAACUGGCUCGAGAACCUCAUCUACCAGUGCGAGAAGAUGGGCGAGACCGAGGCCAUGCUGCGCCUCGGCGGGCCCAUCGCCGGCCUCAAGGCCCAGGCCACCGUCACCUUUGAGUUCUGCGCCCGCGAGGCCAGUCAGAUCUUUGGCGGCCUCAGCUACUCGCGCGGCGGUCAGGGCGGCAAGGUCGAGCGCCUGUACCGCGACGUUCGCGCCUACGCCAUCCCCGGCGGUAGCGAGGAGAUCAUGCUGGAUCUGAGUAUGCGCCAGAGCCUGCGGGUGGCCAAGGCCAUGGGCAUGAAGCUGUGAGGGCCCACGGACAGACGGAGUGACGGACGAGGCAUACAAUAUACUGCACGUGUGCGUGGUGGCGGGCAGACUUUGUAAGAAUAUCGCGAGCACUGUGGGACCAGAUACCGUUUCCUUUGUAGCUCCCGCAACUAGACGUGAUUAGAAUGGAGGAGAAUUUUCCAUG